AUGAGCAGCUAUCUGAGCUUAAUUUUGCUUAUCAGCCUGGCAGCUGCCAAUGCAACUGAUAAGGUAACAACAACAACAACAACGAAGCCAGCGCAGCGUGAGCAACGUCAACUGGCGCUGCCCGUUUAUUUGGACAAUACGCAGCUGGAGGUGCAACAGCCGACACCACAGCUGCAACCGAUUGCUGUGGUCAGCAGCAAUCAGCAAUCACCUGGCUUUCUGCCAGGCUUGAAUCAAAUUUCAAAUCUGCCCAUUGUGGGCACACUGCUAACCAAUCUGCCACUACAGAGUCUGACCAAUCUGCUGGGCGUAACAGGCCAAAAUGCUGGCCUGCUCAAUCUGGGUAGCCUUGGCAACCUGGUGCCACUAGGCGGCGUUGGCGGCCAGCGACCACCAGCAAACAACUGGCAGCAAGCCGGCAGUACUUGCCCAUUGGGCCAGAAGCAAACCUGCCGCUGUGAGCCGCUGCUGCCGCUGCCAGUGCGUGAGGCACUGAGCACUGAGCUGCUGAAAAUUGUUAAACAAAACAUCAGACACAAUGAUGAUGGCUCCAGUGAGCUGCGCCUGGUCAUCAGCAAUGGGCUGGUCAUGUAUCAUCGCAAUGAGCAGGGCGCGGUCAAGCAGAGCGGCUUCUAUGCACUGCCCUUCCAGCGUGGACACUUCCUCAACAUCCACUACAAUCUCGAUCAGAGCAACUACACGGUCAAGGCGGACAUUGGCAGCUCGGUGCCCAAGACGCAGUUUGACUCCAUAGCGGAGCCUUAA